CUCAUUCAUCGUUUAUUUUAUCAACAAUGCCCUACCAUUGAAUCGCCCAGCCAAGAGCCAGACGAUACCGAGGAACCAGAUGGAUCCAUGAUCAUGGAUGGAUGGAGCAAGUUCCUGCCCGUUCGGGACUAGCCGAGCUGACCGGAUAACGAGCCCAUUACCAGUUCCAGUUAUGGCGUUCCACUUCCACUUGACUUCCAUUUGCCCCUCCCCCUUCCCUUCCCACCCCCAAAAGACAGCCCAGAGAGCAAAGCGCUUUCUACCUAAGGGGGUGGCGGGCUGGGCUUACACAUUUCUAUCACCCACCUACCUACGAGUACGAAGCCCUUCAGGAGUGUGUGUGCCUCCGCGGUUGCCCGCUCGCUCGCUCUUUCUCUGUGUCUCCGUACCCUUUUUAUUUUUAAAAAUAACUCACCCUCAAGGCUGGCGGGCUAGCUGGCAUACCCCCAUUCCCUGGUGGUUCCAGAAGAGCAAAACAGAGCGAGGCGUGGGCAGUCGGUUCCGGGUAUCCCUGGAUACUGUUUGUACUGUGUACAGUACUUCUGACAGUCGUACUUAUCGACUCCGUAGCUGAAGCACAGUACGUGUACUUCCGAGCCUACAGGUGCCACUGCCCCCUCCUUCUCCUCUUUCUUCUUCUUCAAAAGAACAAUUGAGUCAGAAAGAGACAGAUAUUGCCAAGAGGGUCUCAGCAGAGUGAAUCAAGUCCCC